AUGUGCUUUACUACACCGUACAAUGUAGCUCUCGAAGAAGCAGGUUCCAAUCUAGUUACUUUGGCGGGAAUGAGCGAUAAUGAUAAGAAGGCUUAUGAUCUUGAGAAGAAAGCCUUUGCUAUCCUUACGCAAGCACUUCAUAAGGAUAUUUAUCAUCAAUUCGUGUAUUGUACAAGUACAAAGAAUUUCUGGGACGUCUUGGAAGCUAGGGGAGAAGGAAAUGCCGCAACGAGAAAGAUUCGUCAUGACUUGUUGAAUAAGGAAUUUGGAGGAUUUUUAUUCAUCGAAAAUGAAACAUUGUAUGACAUGGCUACUCGAUACUAUCAUUUGCUUAGUGAGAUGCACUCAUACAAGGUUACUGCUACACAACAAGAAAUGGUCAUGCGUUUUGUUGAAGCUUUACCACCCAACUGGAGUCAAUUCAUUGACUUGCUAAAGCACACCGGUGUUUUAGAUACGCUUAGUAUUUAUGAAUUCGUUCAGAAGAAGCUUGAAAACAAGGAUGAAGAAGAAAUUUGA